ACUUGGGAGAGACUGAACCAAGUCGCUGUCAAGGGUGCUGAGUACAACUCUCGUGAACGUCAACCCCAUUCGAAGUGUUUGGAAGGGACCCGGGUGGAUCUUCUCAACUAUAUCCACGGAAUAUUAGACAACCCAGAGAAGAGUCGACUCAUCUGGCUACAUGGCACGGCAGGUGUCGGGAAGUCUGCUGUUGCGUUCACUGUGGCUGAAAAGAUGAGGGGUCUGAAAGUGGCGGAAGGGACCAAGGAAAAGCGACUUGCAGGAACGUUCUUUUUCUCACGUAAGCACACGAAGCGCUGCACGACUGGUUAUUUUUUUGCGACGCUGGCCUACCAGCUUGCCAGCAAUUUCCCCAGUGUCCGGGAGGAGGUGAACAGCGCUAUCAGAGAAAAUCCUGCCCUUCUAGACCCCGACAAGGCUGUUGUCGACCAGAUGGAAGAACUCUUUCUCCGACCUCUCCGCAGGCUUCGAUUCAGACUAUGCGAGGGUCCGCCUUUGGUGUUUGUUGUCGACGCCCUUGAUGAAUGCAUAUCCAAAACCGAGCUCACUGAUCUCAUCUCCCUACUUGGUCAUGCUCUUCGUGAACCUGAUUUGCCUGUGACCCACAUUCUGCUCACAAGUCGAUCGGAAGACCAUAUCCGUAAAGCCACCCAGAAAGAAGAGAUGCGCUCACUAGUGUGCGAGAUACCAGUGAAGACUUCUGGGGAGGGUGUUGCUACCACCAUCUCAUUAGACGGUGCAGAUGUUGACAACGACAUUUAUACUUUCUUGCAACAUUCCUUCAGAGACCUAGAAGGUCGCCAUCCCAGAUUCCCACGGCCUUCGAGGGAUGAACUUGCGCGGCUGGCAAAUCGAGCGGGGAGACGUUUUAUCGUGGCAUCUACGAUGAUGAACUUUAUUGGUGAUCCAGACAGUGAUCCCCGCGACCAACUCCGGCUCAUGCUGAAGUUAACGAACAAACUGUCCCCGGGAACGGAGGUGUACAAGUUAUACGACUGCAUCCUCACCACGUGCGCAGACCCCGGUCGUGCAUACCUACACUUGUCCAUCGUCGCUGCCCUUGCAGACCCUCUCCCGAUCUCACAAAUCUCGGAACUUCUUGGGCCAAGUCAAGGCAGAGAUGCCGAAGCAGUACUUCUGCAGCUACGGUCUGUCAUGGACAUUCCUACCGACCACAGUCUCCCCGUGAAUAUCUAUCACCCCUCCGUUCGCGAUUAUGUUUCAGACCCCUCAAACUGCAGCGUCCUUCCUCAAGUACAACAUGCACCUCACUCCAUACUCGCUUAUUCCACAUUACGCUUGAUGACCGAAGAGAUC